AACAUAUUUUUUGCAAAAUGAUGGAAAACUCUGAUCAACAACAACGUCAGCUGCAACAACAGCAACACUCAUUAAUCGGUCUGCCACCACUGCCAAAAAGUCUGAGCGCAGCUGCCACCACCAUGGCAACUGAUCUGGCAAGUGGCCACACACAAAGCCAGAUCCAGGUACACGGGCAGUCACAGUUGCGUUCGCACACAUCCUCACCGCUGCAACUGCAAUCGGCCUCGUCUGUGGCCGCACUAACUGCUGCAACGGGCGAUCUGUACCUGGGGCCCUCCACCUCCUCGGCGGCACGCAAUCGCAAUUACAAUGGUCAUGGGCGACACGGCAGCUUAUCAUCCACACAAGAGUCGCUCAGUGAUCGAGAAAGCGUACACAGUCGAGCGUCGUCCACGCAUAGCGCCAGUGGAAGCGUCGCCCAGCAGCAUCACACGCCCACCAAUAGCAGCAGCAAUGCCUCAAGCACUAUUGACAACCAACUGGCGAUAUUGCGUCGGGAAAUGUAUGGCUUGCGGCAGUUGGAUUUGUCGUUGCUCUCGCAGCUGUGGGCUUUGAAUGAAUCCAUUCAGGGAUUUCGUGUGUUUCUGCAAGAGCAGGAUGCGCUGUCGCCACCGUCUCGCUCGCGCACGCCAUCCGAUGCCAAUUCGCUGUCGUCCGAUGAGGAUGACGGCUCAUAUGCACCACUUGCUGUGCCGAAGCUUAAUGUACCGCCGGCAGGUAUUGUUGCGCUAUCCUCACCAGCAGCCAGUGGGAACUUGCCCACCAAACUGGCGACAGGUUCAACGACAUCGCAUGCAUCGACAAGCUCAACAUCUGGGGCGUCUGGCUCAUCAUCAGCAGCGUCAUCCAUGGGCAAGCAUCACCAUCACCAGCAGCAACAGCAACAACAACAGCAGCAACAACAGCACCAGCAGCAGCAGCAGCAGAUGCCUCAUUAUCAUCAUCAGCAUCGAUCAGCACCCCCACCUGCGCCGCCAGCACAGCACAAGGCGCAUCCGCAGCUGCCACGCAUACUGCAGCAACGUAUGCGGCAUGCACCGCCUCCUCCACCACCCACGCGGCCAAAAGGUGGCGGCGCAAGCAGCAGUAGCAGCAAUCACAGUAUCAGCAGUGUCUCACAGCAGCAGCAGCAGCAACAACAACAGCAUCAGCAUCAGCAGCUGAUGCAUCAAAAUUCGCAGCAUCAGAGGCCCGUAUGACAAAACCCGUUCUUGGACUAAGGUAUGCCUGGUCCAAGAACGACAAUUGAUCGUAUAUACCAUAACAGCAACAUACAAUAAACAACCAACAAAGAAGCAACAAAACAUUUCUGAAAAGUCAAUUGCACAUUUAACCAGAAGUCAAUUAACAUUUAGCAACAUUUGAAAG